AUGUCUACAUUGUCUUAUGAUACGGAGCAUAGGAGUGCUUCAUUACCAAGUGCAAGCUAUGACAAGAUCAUUGGUGAUAGACAUGGUGGCAAUGUUCAAUCAUUCAUUCAAUACAUGGACAGUGAGAUCAGAUCGAUGAAGUUCUUCAAAGAAUGGGCACCACCUGGUUUUGGCUACUCAAGUCUAAGCAUCUCCAUGAACAAUAACAACAACAACAACAACAAAAGCAACAACAAGUAUGAAUACAUGAUCGAGACAUUCCUAAAAUACACACCAAAGGAGGAUCACAAGUACCUUCCACUCUUUGAACUAUGCUAUGGAGCAUGCAUCCUCCACACGCCCUUUGUUCAAAACGUCAACAAACAACAAAUAAUUGACCCAGAGUCAUGGUCGUUGAUGUCCAAGCAUUUGGCAAGAGUACCAGCGGAUACUUUGGUACGGCUGUUGGUACAACAUGUGGAAAAGGAGCCACCGGUGGGCCGCAAGAUCAUGCUGUCACUCUGGCUGCUACUCUUCCCAUUUGAUAUGUCAAUGGAGUUCUUUGAGAUACUCAUUCGUUGGUUGGCGACACUCGAGUCAUCACAAUAUUUGAUGCAUGAAGUAUUGUAUUACGCCUCAAUGGCUGGACAUUAUGACGCACUGGUUCAUCAAACAUUCUCUACCUUUAUUGGAGCGGAAAUCUCUAAUUGUCCACUGGCUGCCCUGGCGGUGGACGACCUUUGUCUGUUCAGACAGCUGUAUCAUGGCGAAGUGAAUGCAACGUAUCCAACCAUCUUGGAUCUGGCGAUUGAGAUGCGUGCGGUGCCCACGCUGCGCUAUAUCUUGAGCCACUACCCCAACUACUUGAUCUCCAAUCCCAAGGCCGACCCCGCAUACUCUUGCGUGCGCAGUCGCGACGUCACAAUUGGACACUUCCUCUUGGCCAAUCUUCCAUCAAUGCCACCCAUCAACGCGGAUCACGCAGCACACAUUCAGAAUAUUGAGCCCAGCCUUGUCGUGGACAACACCGAGGUGAUUGAGCUCAUGCUGGAGGAGGGUCUCUACACGCACGAGCCAUCAAAGAAUGUCAGGUUGUUGCAGGAGGCCAUCUCAUCAUUCUCUGUCGACACGUUCAUGUUGAUGCAGCGCCACACAUGCUAUCACGUCGAGCUAUUACCAUUGCUGGCGGUGAAGCUCCAUAAUGGAUUGGUCCUCCAGUCGCUGUUUGCCUCGCGUCAAAAGACCAAGCCACUGGAGGUGCUCAAACAUCUUGUGCUGAUGAACAUCGUCCACAUCAGGAGCUUGGCCAUGCGUCUAAACUUGGGCAACGUGGGCACAGUGGAGAUGCUCGACUACCUGCUGCGCUCAUUCAGUCACUCUGAUCACUACGCAGACAUUGUCACAUCUCAGGAGUAUCAACGAUCAACUUUUGAAUGCUUCAAGGGCAGGGCGAUGACGCUUCUGGAGCUGUUCAUGCUGGAGGACAACGAGGAGUUUGUCGAGUACCUACUGUACAAAGACCUGGACCUGAUGGUCACGACCAAAACCAAGUUCUAUAUGAAGUGUCUAAGGAAUGACCAGAUCACCAAGUAUCACCGCCUGUUCAGGAGCAAACAGGAGGACCUCAGGACGAGUUCAGUACUCUUGAACGAUCUUUGCCGGGAUACACUCAACGAAAUGCAUGGAAAACAACGCGAUCACACAACUCUGUUUAUGCUUGGACUCCACGAGCUUUUGGCAAAGGUGAUGGAGGAGGACCUAUUGAAGGGCCAGAAAUCUGGCUCAAACAAGAAGGGAAAGAAGAACAAGAAGAACAAGAAGAACAACAAGAACAAGAGUGGCUCUAAGAACACCGGCACCACCUCCACCUUGACCUCAUCCACAAAGACAUCCGCUGCCGCCGAUGACCAAGUUGGCGAUGAAGGCGAAGAUGUGGAGGAGGUGUUGGAAGAAGAGGAAGAGGAGGAGGACGAGGAUGAGAUGUUGUUCUUGCCUCAAGGCCUUGCGUCAAAGGUCAAGAGCAUCUCUGCACAGCCAACACCUCAGAUCAUUAAGCAACCCAAGAUCAAGCCAUUCCCAAAGGAGGAGAGGAGGAAUAAGGAGUGUCCUAUCACGGUCGUCGCUGCCCAACCUAAGCUCUCAAUCAAACCCGAUCCAGUACCGGUUCAUGUUCAAAGGAGGCAGUUGCGACAAAAUGCCAACAAUAUCUCAGCCACCAACAUCUCAGCCACCAACAUCUCAGCCAAAGAGGGUACCUUCAACAACAACAUCAUCAUUGCAGACUGUACAGCCCGCGCCACAGUCUACGACAAGACCUUCGACACAAUCCACGCCAAUAGCACUACCUGCAGGACGACCUGUAUCACAACAACAUCCAUCACCGCUCCCGGCUCAGCCUACAACACCAACACCACCACCAACAUCAACACAGAAUAUAUCUCGACCUACAGUUGCAUCACCUGUUGCCCAGCCUCCAGCUGUGCAACCAGCCCGAUCUGUGCGCCCUCCACAACGCCCAAGGGAAGGUACAACGACCGAGCGAUCGCGUCAAGCAUCCGCACCAAGGCGCACAACCACGACAUCAACUACAACAACCACAACAUCACCAACGAAGACGCCACAUCAACAACCAGCCAAACUGAACUGUCCAACUCUAAAGAGCCCACCUCAAGACAACAACAAUGGCAACAACAACAGUAG